UCCAUCAUGACACACAAAGCAAAUAAUUUUGAGGAUGCAGAACGUCGCACGGGCCGCUUUUCUUUGGCACAAUGGAAACGCGGGAUAAGCAAGCUUCUUGUUUUGUGCUGGAUAGUCGGUCUCUCCAGCACUCUGGCCAGUCUUGUUAUGUUUUCUACGGACGGGAGCUAUUGGUAUGAAAAUGCUUGUGUCAAUGGAGAAUUCAGAUUGUUUCCGUCUCUGUACACCGGUUGGAGCGCCGGUGGAUUCUUCCAGAUCACGCUACAGGUUUCUGGAGCAUUAACAUAUACGGAGGCUAAGGUUAUUGAUCUCGUUUGGGAUGUAUUCGUCGGUCGUUGCGGGCAAGCAGUUUUGGCUUUUUUCAGUUGGCGCGCAUUUGCUUCUUAUGUGACCACGAGUAUGGAAGUAACACCUAUCACCUUCAGUACAUUCCGCGUGAUUUUCCUGGAUGGCUCUCCCAACUUCUACUCGACAAUUCGACUUAUGCGGGAUUUUAUUACUCGGAAAGGUUUAUAUUCUCGACUUGCUUCAUGCUUUAUGGUUCUAAGCAUAAUAUUCACACUCCUAUUUCCUACCCUCGCCAGUGCGAUGACAGGUUAUACCACCGGUGUCACGCCAUCUAUCCGGAACAGGCAGAAUGCUACCAUUCCUUUUACUCAAUUUGGCCUAUGGAUUUAUACCAUACACGAUGGAGAACGAAUCAACAAAACGAAUGAUUUCAAAGUUCUAUUUCAAGACGAGACACUCGGUCCACUCGUUGAUGCGAAUGGAACUCCUUAUGGUUACGGCGACACGCUAGACAGCUGGAGGAACCAUGAGAGUGAUCUCUUAGACUGCUCGGAAUACAUCGCCACUGCGAUCAAAGUGCCAGGAAGGAAUCAAUCGUCCAAGUAUAGGGAUAUAAUGCUCGACCCCCCAAUCCUCAAUAUCAGCGUGAACUAUGAAUACAAGAAAGAGGGACGAUGGCAAGAUCAGGCACUGUUUUGGGUGCAUGCAGACACUGGCGAUACAUUUGACAAGCGAUACAUCGAAACAGAAAAACAUGGGAUAUGUCAGCCCACCCAGGAUUAUGGUUGGGGGUUUUCUUUCCUCCAACUCUACGUCGUCAUGAUUUUGAUCUUCUUUUGGAGCAUUGGGACCCUUGCUCUGCACAUGCAUGCGCAACAAAUUAUGCAUAGACGCGGUCGAACCGCAAUAGACGGCGAGUAUAAGGCUGUUAUUAGCUUGGCCGUAGCCAUGGAGAAAGAACUCAACAUCGACCUCUAUUCGCAGACCCCAGAAAAGAGCCUUUCGAGAUCCGUCCAGGAUGCUCAUGGUGGUAGCAUUUCAUAUCAGUCACCGCUGCUCUUCGAACCUCCGUCCAACAUCAUGGGUUGGUCUCGCCAGGAGAAAUGGUGGAUCCUAGCGCUGCUGCUUCUUACAGCGUUUGCAGCCAGUAUGCCCACAGUCAUCUAUGACUCUGGGGUCAGUGGCACUGCGUUAUUAGUCAUUUACUACUCUUGGUGGGUAAGCUUUGGUCUAAUAAUUGGCAUUAUUUCGGCCUUGCUCACUUGUACAACAACUACAUCCCGUCUGGUUAUGACACUCGCGCUCACUGGCGUACACCUACUUGCAUCUUUCGCUUUUUUCGUUGGGUACUAA